AUGUACAACAAUUGUGUGGCGACCGUCUCGUCGCCAGUCCGCGGGCCGCGGCGCGAAGACGGACAGAAAUUUAGUGAUAUUAUCAAUUUAAGUAAUCAAAAAGUAGAAGGCAUAUCUCAAUGGGCGACUAAAGAUUUAAAAGGAGAAGAACGACUUUUUGCUUUCGUGACUCAGUGCGUCCUUCUCUACGGAAAAUUAUCUGCA